AUGGUGCGUAAAGAGUACCACGGCAUAUCCUCCAUAAACAGCUGCAUUGCCCAUCACGAUGAGAAGAUCGUCAUACACAACGGUUACGCGUCUUCGUCCUGCAUCGAGACGAGGCAGGUCCACUGGUGGGAGGAGUGGGUUACCGAUACCCCAUUGCCAUCUGAAUAUGGCAAAGCAUUGCAGUCCAGAUACCUCUUGGAGUCUCGAGGCGAGCUUCUUCUGGCAAAUGUCCUAGCCAAUCAUACGCACGGUUACCGCUAUACCGUGGGCAGCUUUGUCGACGGGCUGUCGGUUUCAGUCCACGUGCUGCAGCAGGCAGAAGGCGGAGAAACACAGUGGGUGAAGAGGGACGGCCGGAGCUUGGCUGAUCGCGUCAUGUUCCUUGGGAGGCCAAGCAGCUUUGCUGUGGAUGCCGCACGGUUUGGCGUGAGCAGUGGUGGCUGCGCCUAUUUCGUCAUGAAGAGCGAGCUCUAUGGGGGGAUCUGGAGCAAGAUGGCCAUCAAGCAGUGCCGUGUGUUCAAGUACAGCUUCCAGGACGAUAGGUCGGAAUUCGUCGAGCAGCUCCCGGCUGAAUGGGACGACGACGCCUGCAUGUGGGUCACGCCACCACAACCUUCCAUCGCUUCAACUGAGGAAAUUAGAGAGAGGCUUGAGCCUUCACACACAAAUGCUGCAGGAGGGCCACGAUUCGGGCCUUAUUUCAGGAUUUAUGUGGGCAAUCUGCCACGGAAUGUGGAUAGCUAUCGAUUGGGACAGUUCUUCAGCAAGUAUGGCAAAGUAGCAGAAGCAAGGGUCAUGUACCACAUAAAAACCAAGCGUUCACGAGGGUUCGGGUUUGUUACCAUGGCGACCCUAGUCGAUCAUGAGCAGGAACAAGCUAUUGCUAAGCUGAAUGGACAGAUUUUGGAUGGGCGUCCCGUGCGUGUGAAGCUUGCAGAUCAGAAGCAGCCACAUGCAUGUAGCUUGCUGGUCUAG